GCUUCGCAGCAUGCUGCGCCACCUCUACGACCCGAUUCGGCGAGAGCGCAACGAGGGCAAGGUGCCGCAGUGGCUCGGCCUGCUGCGCCAGAAGCAGGGCGCGGCGCCAGCGGCGGCAGCUCCACGGGCAACGCCUCGCCUGAGCCCACUGCGCAGCGAUGCGAGUCUGGCGGCGGUCGAGUACAAGGUGACCUACGACCCCACGACGGCCACGGUCUUUCGGGAGACCAAGAGCGGCAAGCCCGAGUCGACGAAGGACAUCUUCAGCAGGCCGCGCGCCAGGGGGCACCACAUCAUGAUGGCGAAGUGGCCCGACGGCUACGAGGUAGAAGUCACGGACUUGACAGUCAGUGCGUGGAAGGGCCGACAGGAGACAGCUUCAGACGGGAAGAAUGUCCUCAAGCUCUGGAGCGGUUCGACCGACGGCGGCGUGAAGGUCACGGCGGAGAAGAAGCAGCUGGACAAGAACAACCCUGGGGUGAUCGUGAAGUUCGGCGGCUCGCAGAUGGUGCAGAUCAGCUUCAACUACGUGCCAGAGAGCGACGCUUGCGCUCACGCAGUCGCCUGGGCCAAGGGCGUGGUCUCAGGCAGGUUCGACCCCGACAGGGACCUCAAGCCGAAGAAGGAAAAGCUGGAGAGGUCGUUCGGCGCGGGGAAGCCAGGGGCGACCAAGAAGCGGCCUGCAGCUGCCGACAGCGGCGCCAAGGGCAAGAAGGCGCGCCCAUCGGCGACUGGCUCUGCAGAGGAGGAUAACGAGGAACAUCCAGAGGCAGCCGCAGGAGAGGACGAGGGCCCAGGCGAGGACGAGGGCUCGGACGAGGAGGAGGAUCCGCGAGCGUCUGAGGACGAGGGCGAAGAGGAGGAGGUGGGCGAAGCAGAUGGGGCUGAUGCCGAGGAGACUGAUCCAAAGGCCGCGGAGGCUAAACCCGAGGCCUCGGGGAAAGAGGAGGACGAGGAGGCCGAGGCCAAGGCCGUCUGGAAGAAGCCCGCGGCGGCGAAGGUUGCAGCUAAGAGGCCAGCUGCUGCAACGGACGCGGAGGCCACGGAUGAGGUCGCGGGGAAGGCUGCAGCUGCUGCAACGGGCGCGGAGGCCACGGAUUAA